GUCCAGCUUCGCAAUCAGACCUUCGCGGCAUCUUAGCGUCUCCGACCCUGCCCUCGCUUGUUGCGCCCGGGAUCCAUCUACCACACUUGCGAACCAUCAUGCUCGCAAUCUUGGAGUCCCAGAAGAAGCCCAUCAUGCGGCACAACGAUGUGCUGCAUCUGCACAACACGAUCACAUUGAACCUGGGCGAGCGUCCUGGUCUGGCACAUGCCUUGAGGGCCCUUGCGGGCUCUGGACCUCUUGGGCUUCGGGACUUUGACACACAGCACAAAUUCGAACGGGACCAAGGUAUCUUCGACCGACCAGACCCGGGGAGCUGGUUGCCAUUGGAUCGCGUCCAGGCAGUGCUUGCCACACCUGCCCUGACGAUGGAAAAUUUGCAGGCGUUGAAUCUGCCUGGUGCCCCAUUGUCGGUGCUACAUCACAGUGCUGGUGGGGAACGCGAGCGAUCAGCGAGACGGGAAAAGCGCACCAGUGUCACGAUAAUGGGUGGCACCACUUCUGAUGCUGCGCUGAUGCAGCGCGUGGCAUACUUCGGUGACUUGGCUGCUCUUAUCUUCGAGGAUUUCGUGUCCAAGUGUCGUGGUCUCCUCCAUGAGGUGGUUUCCCUGGUCAAGGGCGUGACCUUGCCUCUGCCCAUGAUGGCCGGAAUUGUCUUCAUCUUCGAUUCAAAGCACCAUCGGCAGCGGCUGCAUGCGUGCGUGACAUGCGAGAUGCCAAUUGGGCGUGAAGCCCAGGGAAUCCGGGGCUAG